CUUGACCUCUGGUUGCAACUUAAAACAGCCCCAUGGAUUCAAAGUCCCCCUGCAAGCGAAUCCUAUGGGCCCGUCAGCGAAGCCGCCCACCUCGCCGCGGUCCCAUUCGCCCGCCCCACCUCCUCCUCCGCCGCCGCUCCACCAGACCGACGCCGAUGAGGAGGACGAGAACGUGAAGCAGCUCAAGGAGUGCUCCGCCCUCUACUUAGCCUUACAGGAAUGCCUCGUCCAGACCAACCGGAACUGGAAAUCCUGCCAACCCGAAGUUCAGGCAUUAAAAGCCUGUCAGGCAAGGAGAAAUGAUGGUAGAGAAAAGUGAGAGUGGUCGCAAGCUACAGCUUUACAACCGUAUGGCUCUACCAAAACUGGUGGUUGAAAUUUGAGGCUACUCCGGAAAUAUUCUCCAACAAGAUAAGGCAAUAGCAUGCCAAAGAUGUUCUGGCCUCAAUGAAUUCAGCCUUGUUAUUAGGUGCUGCAUUGAAACAGGAUUGCCAUGGAUACCUAAGCAGGAAUGCAAAAUAAAAGGUGAUCAAUUCCCAUUAUUCUUCACCAGAAGGACUUACAUCAAGAGAUGGAACCUGUUUGAUGAACAGCCAAUACUCCGAGGCCAUGAAUUGGAAAAAAGCUUCAUCUGGAUCCCAUAACUUAUAUUCAAUAUAUCUACUAAAAGACCUAUACUUAAGCCAGACAGAGGACUAAAAUGCUAUGCUCAAAACAAUUCAAGAAGCUCCUCAACCACGGUACCAGAUAUACCAAAAAAUGUAUCUUGAAACAGUGGGUCAAAGCCAACCAAGACAAUCCUCUCCAACAAGGAGACUUCUCAAACCAGAGAAAGAUCCCGACAUCAUCGAUAAUAUAGACCUCUCAAUGUAUCAUCGAGAAACAAGAGUAAAAGAUUAUUCUGAAACACAGCAUCUACAUUAGUCUUGCUACUUCAGAAAUGCACAACUUGUUCAAUCCUGGAGAAUGAAAAAAAAUAGAGAAAAGAAAUGAAAACAUUCUCUACCGAACAAAUGAAAGACUGACCUUGUAGAGCAACCUUAUUCCAAAGCACGAAUAAUGGUUAAAUCAAUAUAACAGUACAAAACCAGCUCAGCCAAUUUG